GCGGCGCGCGCAGCUUCUCGACCGCAGCGGGGCAGGCCGUCACAACUCAAUCUAGUGUCUCGGUGACCGUGCGUUCGUGAGCAAGUUUCUCUUUUCUUCUCCUCUCUCGCAGUGUGUUAUAAUUCCUGACACGGAAUCGCAGUUUUCAUUGGUGGUUAGCUUCCACCUGGAAUUUUAAGCUUCGUAUUUUUCAACUAUUAGAACAAUGUGAUUGUUCGCAAGAAGGAUGUCACACUGGUUGGAUCAAUCGGCCAUAGUCCUACUGGGUAUGGUGUUGAUCUGUACGAUAAUGUUGAAUACGGCUAAAAGUUCGACGAUGAGGUGCGAGGAGGCAAAAUUGAGGUGCGCUUACAGAACAGGAUGUGGUUCUGCUCUGCAACAUUACCUUACAGGCUGCGCACCCGUUCUCCAAAGCAACGACGAUUGUUCCGAGACUUGUCAGCAUGCGCUCAUUGCUCUCACUAGCACCGACGAGGGCAAAGAACUUAUGACAUGCGAGUGCGAGGAUAACCUAUGCUUGCAGUCGAAACAAAGAGUAGAAAUCUGCAGAUCUUCCGUGACGACGGCGAUGAACAGGACGAGGGUGUCCUGCAGAAUAGCUACUUGGAUUUGUAACGCUGAUGCCCUCUGUCAAACCGCUCUUAAAUAUUAUAAUAAAUUCUGCAAGAGUAUGUUUCAAGGACGAAAGUGUACCAGACGAUGCAGGAACUCUAUAAGUAUUCUCACACGACAAGAAAAAGCUGCGAAAUUAAAUACAUGCCAAUGCGACGGGUUUGAAGAUUACGACUGCAAAGGGAUUCAUAGGAAUAUGAAUCUCCUUUGUUUUGGAAAAAUACAUCACGGCUAUCGUGAUAUUAAUAUUAAAGAUGAUAGAAGGAACGAAUUUUUGAGGCCAAAUAUAACUCUCCGAGGAGAUGCUGUUCAAGCAUUAGUUGAUAGAAGACUAUUUUUACUCUCUCUAAUGAUUUAUCAUAUAUUUAAAGUGAGGCAAGACUGACUAUCAAAAGUAACACAAAAAUUCCCAUAUGACAGCAGUAUUUCAUGACCAAAGAUUUUUAUCAAUCUCUUUAUCAUCAAUAUUUGAACAAUUACGUACUGGUAAGAAUGGAUCACUUAGUUUAUAAAUUCUUUAGCAGCUCGACUAAGUAAUUAAAGAGGUGCUUCUUCUGCUAAAUUUUUUAUAAGUUUUUUAUUGAAAUUGUAUAAAUGAAAAAAACAGAGGAAGGAAUCUUGUACAGUGAAAAUAUUGUAUAUUGAUUGUAUUAUAGUAAAAGUAACUGAAUAAUUCGUUACAGAUAUUUAGUUGUAGAAGAAUUUUAUUUAUGAAGGUAUAAUCAUGUAAAUAUCCAUACAGCGAAAAAGUGGAUAAUUGUUUCUCUCUUUUUCUUAAAUUUCUAUCCGCGAAAAUUCUAUUCUUUUCGUAAAAAAGCAUUUUUUUAAGAGGAAAUGAUCUCUAUUUUCUAAAUUCCUGUAAAUCUAGUAUUGGACACUUGACCCACGUCUAAGGCUGCAUAUUUUACGUUUUAAAAUCAAUGAAGAUUAAUGAUGUUUAUUGUGUAAAUAAGAAUAAAGCGCAAUCAGUGUUUAUAAUUUUCAUUAAAUAACUAAAA